GCGAGUGUAAAAAUUUGUAAAUAUAUUAAUAGUGGUAUCUAAGCCAUUCAUUAGUAAUAGUUAGUGCCACUUCAACAUAGCAAUUGUAGACGUGUGUAGAAAUAGGCAAAAUAUAUUCGUGUUAGUUACGAGAAAAUAGAUAUUUCGAGUAAAUUAAGAAUCAAUGAUAUUGCUUUCUAACUACUAAAUUUUGCAACUGUGAUAAAUUCGUUCAAGGGUGCUUUUUGCGACUUCCCAGUCUUUCUUCUCUUAAUUACAGUCAAGUCGAAGACUACUUGUCUGUGGACUGCGAAGCAAGGGUUUGGUGGCUUUGGCGAUUUAACGAUACAGACACACACACGCACACAGAUCUUGCAUAAUGAAAAUCUGGACGUCUGAGCAUACAUUUAACCAUCCGUGGGAAACUGUAGCACAAGCAGCGUGGCGAAAAUACCCCAACCCCAUGACACCGUCCAUCAUUGGCACUGAUGUAGUGGAACGAAAAGUUGUCGAUGGUGUCUUGCAUACGCAUCGUCUGGUACAGUCAAAAUGGUACUUCCCCAAAUGGACACACAAACUAAUAGGAACCGCUAAGACCUGCUUUGCCAGUGAACGGUCAGCAGUAGAUCCAACAAAAAGACAAAUGGUAUUGAAAACCAUUAAUUUAACAUUCUGCCGUCACAUAUCUGUCGACGAAGUCUUAUACUAUGAGCCCCAUCCUACAGACCCAACAAAAACGCUGCUUAAACAAGAGGCUUCGGUCAGCGUACAUGGCGUUCCCCUGUCACAUUAUAUGGAAGACAUGCUCACAUCCAGCAUAAGUACGAACGCUGGUAAAGGACGGCAAGGCUUGGAAUGGGUUAUAGGCCGCAUAAAUUCUGAAGUCAAAGGUAUCGCCGAAACAGCGGCUAAAAGCACAGAUGAUUUAAUAAUGACCACACGGAGGUCUUUGGAUGAUAUGACAGAAAGUGCUCGCAAAAGUAUGGAUGAAAUAAGCGCGCAGGCCGCAAAGCACAUGCACAUUUAAAUAAAACAAAUGGAAAUAACAUCAGUGUUCGUCGCAAAAGCUCAAAUGCUGUUCUUGCAAGGGAGCAUCAGAGAUUUCGUGCUACGCUGCAUAGGAUAAGGUCCUUAUAAGAGAGAUUUUAAAGUUUAGUGUGAGUUGAGGAUGAGAAACUUGUGAUGAUAUAGUACAAUUUUUGUUGCGAAGGUUUUAAGUAAAGGAUUGCAAUGAAGACCUAUGGAGUAUUUUUAUUAGACUUGAUUGAGAUUUACUUUACCCUAGAAAUCUCAUAAACUAUGACGUUGUGGUUUCUGUUUCCGCCAAUGAUCAAAUUCCCCAACUUUUCAUUUUUUUUUUGUUUACAUACACAAAUUGUCAUGUUAACAAUAUUCUUUGCAAACUAUUGAUAACAAUUCCAAGAACGAAAGUACUAUUCGCGCUCAUAUUUAUAUUCGAAAUCAUAUGUAUAUGCUUUAUUUGGUCUAAAAUCAAUAUGUAAAUUCCAAACGCCGAAACUAUUGUCUCAUGCCCUAUAUUGUUCUCUUUAUAUUUAAUAGUCCCUUAAGUUAGUAAGGUAUAGAACAUUGUAUGAAAAACAAAAACAAAAUAUUACGAAAGCAUUACUAUAAACUGAAAAUUCUCUUUGAUUUGCAAACUUGUACAAAAACAAUAAAAAACAAACUUUAUAAAAAAUGGCAGAGAAACAACGGAAAA